GCAGGCAGGGAGACUGGGCUCCGGGUCCGAAACGCGAGCCUGAUGAGCCAAUGACUGUCCCCAUAAUUCUCCUCAGAGGUGUACCGUGUCACGGGACGCUGGCUGCUGAAGUAACUCUUGCAGAAUUAUAGUCCCAGCUGUGUCCUGUGAGCAUGCGUAUGGCAACAAAAAAGACAUGUGGACCAAAGGCUGAGGCUGCGGGCUCCUAAAUCCUCUCUGCACGGCUCAAUUAGAUUGCAAUCUGCUCUGGAAAGCUCUCGACAAAGCAUUCCUGUGUACACAGAAAAGAGAGGGAAGGAAGGAGAGAGAAGGAGGAGAGUAGAAAAAGAGAGGAAGAGGGAGGGAGAUCAGGAAAAACAUCGCAGCGCUCUUUUGUCUGGCAAAAGAAAAAGUUUUGAUUCUGUUUUUGGAUCUGGGCUCACUGAGGCUGCAGGGCAGUACAGUAAAAGUUGCGCCGUUGCCAUGGAGAUGGAGUACAUCCUGCUGGAGAGAUGACAUCUGCUACGCCACCCUCCUCUCGUAGCUCCUCCCCUCAUAAAGUUUGCCACUCCCAGACACAGACAGAUGUUUUAAAACCCCUGCUUGGAGGUGGUUUAUCUGGUGGGGGCGGGGCUUUACGGAAAAGGAGGCGUGUCUUGUCCAAAGAUGGUCGUAGCAACGUGCGCAUCGAGCAUGUCAGUGGGAGGAGUGCUCUGUACAUGCGCGACCUGUGGACAACGUUCCUGGAAAUGCAGUGGCGCUACAAGUUGUUCCUGUUCACCGCCACGUUUGCCGGGACCUGGUUCCUGUUUGGGGUUCUGUGGUACCUGGUUGCUCUGGUCCAUGGAGACCUGCUAGAGUUUGACCCUCCAUCAAACCACACACCCUGUGUGCUGCAGAUGCAGACGCUCACGGGAGCCUUCCUCUUCUCCCUGGAGUCGCAGACCACCAUCGGUUACGGUUUCCGCUGCAUCACCGAGGAAUGCCCAGCCGCCAUCAUCCUGCUCAUAGUCCAGCUGGUCCUCACCAUGCUGCUGGAAAUCUUCAUCACUGGUACCUUUCUGGCCAAGGUUGCACGACCAAAGAAGCGAGGUGAGACGGUGAAGUUUAGCCAACAUGCUGUGGUGUCUACGCAUGAGGGACGACCCUGCCUCAUGAUCAGAGUGGCAAACAUGCGCAAAAGUCUCCUGCUUGGGUGUCACGUAACUGGAAAGCUGCUCCAAACAUCUCUGACAAAAGAAGGAGAGACGGUUCGUCUGGAUCAGAGAAACGUGCCCUUUCAAGUGGACACUUCCAGUGACAGUCCAUUCCUCAUCCUGCCACUUACUUUCUACCACAUCAUCGAUGACAACAGCCCUAUGCGAGCCUGGGCUGCUAAGGGUGGAGGCUGGACGGAUCCAGAUUUGGCCGACUUCGAGCUGCUGGUGAUCAUGAGCGCGACGGUGGAGCCAACCUCCGCCACCUGUCAGGUUCGCACCUCCUACCUGCCAGACGAAAUCCUGUGGGGCUACGAGUUCCCCCCCGUGGUGUCCCUGUCCCCGUCGGGCAAAUACGUAGCAGACUUUGCCUUCUUCGACAAAGUGGCCAAAACCAAGACCACCCCCAUCUUCAAACCCAUCAGCCCCCAGCACGAGUACCAGAGCAACGGAGGCGGGCCCGUGUCCGAGGUGUCGGACCCGGAGAAGAUCCGCCUGGAGCAGAGCUACAGGGAGCAGCGAGGCGAGGACCGCGGCCGGGGCCGGGACGCUCCCCUCAGCGUUCGCAUCAGCAACGUGUGAACGCAGGAACUGGUCGAGACGGGAAUAUUUAAUAGAAAGCAAUAAAAGUUCAACGUCAAAAGCACAUCAGAGAAAUAUAACAGACUUUUGGACUAGUUAAACCUUUUUUUUUUUUUCUUUUUUAGAUGAAUUUAAUAAAGAUAAAAGUGUUGACUACUGUUGGUUUGCUGGGAUAAAACAUGCUUUACACUGGUUUUGCUGUCUUCAUAUGGUGAUAACGCACCACCUAACUGCAGCUACUAUUUACAUGUGAUGAUCUCACGUGUACACUUUUUUAAACGUGUAAGGUAAGCUCAGCACUCACACUAAAAGACAGCCUUCUAAAGGAGACGCUGGAGGGGCUGGAAAUCUUUGAAGGAGUUUUUAGAUGCAUCGUUGGGGGCGAUAUGUGAAACAGAAUGAGCGUACUUUUUUCCCUCCUAAAUGUGUACGAGUCGAAGCGUGUGUGGGAGGUUAGGGGAAGGUUAGGGGGAGCUCGGGGUGACGAAAUGAAACCAGAACAGCCUUCAGAACAGAAAGAAAGAACCUUAUAUUUAACAUACAUGUAAAUAUGUUGUUAAUAUUUCAGACUUUAAUAACCCCAGAAGAAAAGUACUUUAAUAUACGCAGACAAAAGUGUAGAGUGAUUUGUAUACAUGUAGCUACUCAUAGUUGAAUGAGUUUCAGCUCCUUUUGUGGUAGAAACAACCCCCAACUUCCUCUUAACUCUUAUUUCCUGUUGAAACACACACAUGUGGUGAAGUACACAGUAAAAUCACAUUACAACAUGAAACUUUAGAAUACAUUUUUGGUGCUCCGUAUACCUUUUUUAAAGAAAAAAAAAUGUUGUAGGAAUUUCCUGUUCUCUAUGUCAUGUUGGAAAUUUGUGGCUGUUUCAGUUUUUUUUCUGUAGCACUUUAUGUAAGAUAAUGAUAUAUUUGCACCUUACGAAGGUUUGUUGAAUGUGUAUAAAUCCUCAUAAAGUUACUGAAUAUCAAGCUAUUAAUGUAAACUUAAAAGCAGAUGAUUGUGUCCUACAACGCUAACUACAGUUGCUGUUUCAGUGGCUUGAAAUAAAUCAUGUUUCUAGAUAAUCACUGGAUCUUGUGGAAACAUAUUUGGUUGCUGUGAGUUUAAUAUUGAAGAAACUCAUUUCUGUGAGACGUAGGAGCAGUCAGUUCUCUCAGAUAACGUCUGAGGUGCUAAUGUCGUCAAACUAACAGCUGAAGACAACCAACCAACCAACUUUUCCGUCUGGGUCUCACAUCUCGCAGGGGAGGCGGGGGUUUAUCAGAAAUGUGUGGUGAGAUGUGAGAACGAGAGCAGAAAUCUUUGGUCGGUAGAAAUUUCAGAUGAAACAAAUUUAAAGUUUCCACAGUCUUCAACUUGGUUUGAUCAACUGAGAUGAUUCUUUAACAACUAAUAAAAUAAAGUUGACUACUGAA